UCCACGUUACCGUUGCCUUUUACAACAGGAAGUGGUGAGUAGGCUGUUCCUUUCGAGGGUGGAGACAGCAAUGCCAGGAAAUGUAAAGUCUAGUUCCCGUUUCUCGUUGAACCGCAUCACUAAAAACAGUCAAAGGUAAGCUACGAUCCCCAGGCAAGAUGUGUGACGGUGUGUUUCAGGACCUGCUGCCAAGGUACAUGGGAAACAUACAAGGGCAAUGCUGUGCUUGGAUGUGACUUGAUUUCUUAAAAGGUCUGAAAUGAAGUGAGACAAGUCUCCUCCAGAUGUCGAGCGCCAUCGCGCGGGUAUGUCUGGUGGUGGCAGCAGCCAUCUUGAACCACCCGCUGUUCUUUUCUCAAGAGAACGCCACCCUGCCAGAGCAGGACGAGGAGCUGCUGACCCGCAUGCGCCUGCACGAGGAACAGAUGCGCACUCAUGAGGAGCGACUGGUUCGGGAACAGUCCAUGCUGGAGGAGGAAGAGCGGUCCAGGCUGGAGUCACAACCACAACAAUCAGAGGAGAGCCCUGACGAAGCGUAUGUCUGGUACUUCUGGAGUGCCGUCUCCCUGGUCGUUUUCCUCGCCGUCGAAGUCAGCCGGGUGGAUCUCGCCAACGUGGAGACGUGGACCAUCGAAGACGAGGAAAUGUAUCCAGGGAAUGGAUCUAUUGGGGCCAGAACGCUCGCAAUCGACAAGGGCCUGUUGAGGCAGUUUUGUGACCGAUGCCUCCACACGUUAUCCCAUGAGAACUGGAGGGUCCAGGAGUUUGUAGAGGGUUUGGCAGACAACCUGCUUGAGUCCAUGAGGAACGUCUGCAACGCGGAGACACGCAUGGAGUUGGGGGACUUCCUGGGAGUCGGCAGCAUGUUCGAGUCCUGGAAGGCGCACAAGCCUCUUACGUGCGACCUUAUCGUGCCAUUCACCCUACCGGCGCCAUACUCCUUCCAGUACCACCUGUGGUGCAGCCCGGCUAGCCGCGUGCCCCCUGACCUGCAGGGCUUUGCCGCCAUCGAGGUCAACAAUAAGAAUCUGGGCGCUGGUUGUGUGUGUGAGUCUGUGGUCGUCGGGGAGGACGUGCUCUGUCUCCUACACAGCAAGACCGCCAGGUUAGAGGAAGCGGAGCGCAGCGAAGAAGACGGCCUGCUGUGCUCCAGGGACACCUCCUCCUUGUCCAAAGACCAGGUCAUGAGGUGGUUCCAGUUCUCCGUGAGUAAAGCGUGGGGACGCAUCGCUCACAAGUAUGACUUUGAGCUGGCCUUCCACCAGCUGGACACCGCUGGCGCCCUGAAGGUCAGAUUCCGCUCGGGGAAGGUCAUCGUGCUGAACCUCAUCCCCGCAGUCCAAUUGGACGACACUGAGGCCUACUUCGUCUCCCACUUCCCGUCCGACACCAGCUCCACGCCUGACACCUACUGGCCCAUGUCGCUGGCCGUCUACGAAAGGAACUUGCUCAAACAUUUCACGAGAACCCUACCGCAAAACCCCUGUCAUUUACACUGCCUGCAGAUUCUCACUUUCCUCCAUAAGAAGCAGACGGGACUGACCGGGGAGAGCGCUCUGACAGACUACCAUCUCAAGACAGUCGUGUUGCACCUCUUGGUACUGAGAAGACAGCCGUCUAGUUGGGGUGGCGGGUUCCUCGACCAGCGGCUCAGGGACGCCCUGGCCUUCCUUCAGAGGAGCCUGACUGAGAAGAGGCUCCACCACGUCCUGAUUGGCAACAGGCAUCUGCCGGGGGAACUCGGAGUGCCAGAGGUGUUCAGAACUGCAGAGCCGGUCAAUCUGUUUCGUGUGUUUGUGCUGCAGAGGGCGCUGUACGUGGACACGGUCAGGCAUUUGGAAGAAAUGCUGCGAAACGCACCGGCGUUGUUACAGGAAUACACCCCGCACUUGUUGAAUGGAGUGGCUCGUUCAAGUUUAGAUAAUUAGUUUCACUGUUCCUGUUUAUAUCAAAGCCACAUUUUUUGGAGUUGUAGUUACAUACCGUGUUAAGCUUAGCUUUGACUUCAUCAACAGUUUAUCUGUAAUUUCAGUAUUUACGUUUUAAAGAAACGUUACAAUGGUCAUUUGUCUUAAAACUAUAUUCUUCUAUCAUACUGAGACAUGGCGGAACUGUGAAAGAGUGCCACCAGAAACUAUUUGUUGGUUUAUUUUUGGUACUGAGAAAAUCCUAUCCUUUUUUACGUUUAAGUAAGCUUAAUUAAUGGAGAACGUCUAUAAACAUUCCUGUUAAUAGACCACACCAUCACUUUUGUCAGUUACACCUAAAAGUGGUACAAAAGGAAAUAAUAAAAAUAACUUUUCAUCUGAACAACAUUACAGUUUCAGAAUUAUCUGAGAAUCGACAGGAAAAAAUCUAAAAGUCCUGUAAGGAGCAAACAACCAUAUUUUUUGGAGAGAAAUCAAUGUUUGUCAAAUAAAGCUGAAAUGCAUUUAUACCGUACCUUCUAAA